GAUUUGCUGCGGGAAGCGCUGGGAUCCCUCUUGGAGCUGCUCCAGGAGCUCCUCCGGAGGCGCCUGAACCCCCACGGACUCCAGGAGAUCUUUGCCGGCCCUGGAUCCGAUCCCCGCGGGCUCCGGAGCGGGAAGGCGCCGUCGCCCUCAGCAAUUCCCUCCUGCGAUUCUUCCUGCGCCAUCUCCGCGUCAACGCUGUGAUCCCGUUUUACAACCUGAGCCGCUUGCUGGCGCUGUUGGCUCCGCGUUGUUCCGACGGAAUUCCCAAAAUCCGCUCGGAUUCCUUGGAUUGCGUCCGGACCUUGCUCCGCAUCCAGCUCUGCUACGAAGGAUUUGCUGCGGGAAGCGCUGGGAUCCCUCUUGGAGCUGCUCCAGGAGCUCCUCCGGAGGCGCCUGAACCCCCACGGACUCCAGGAGAUCUUUGCCGGCCCUGGAUCCGAUCCCCGCGGGCUCCGGAGCGGGAAGGCGCCGUCGCCCUCAGCAAUUCCCUCCUGCGAUUCUUCCUGCGCCAUCUCCGCGUCAACGCUGUGAUCCCGUUUUACAACCUGAGCCGCUUGCUGGCGCUGUUGGCUCCGCGUUGUUCCGACGGAAUUCCCAAAAUCCGCUCGGAUUCCUUGGAUUGCGUCCGGACCUUGCUCCGCAUCCAGCUCUGCUACGAAG